AACUAAGCUAGCCGUUUCACAUCCGUUACACGAGACCGAUCAGCUGUCCGACCUGCCUCCCUGUAGCGCUGUCUUAGGCGUCUUACAGUACAGACAUUGCCAUUUAUUGCCCUGUCCACAUCUGCAAUCCUCAUGCCUCCUUGCAGUAUGAGUUUUACGAAUUAUCUUUGAACGACAGGGUCCUGAAAAAGUGACGUUUAUUUUUUUGCUGAGUUUAUAUUUCAGUAAGAUAGGAUUUUUUGAAUUUAUAGCAAUGGUUGUCAACUGUACUGCAGGGAUGGAACGUAAACGUAAGUCACAAAAAAAUGUAGGUUGUGGUGGCAGCUGCAGAGAGGUUUUUGGGUGUGCGAGACUUGACGUCAGCAUACCACCCUGCAUCCCACUGCUGGCUUGCUUCUGAAGCUAAACAGGGUUGGUUUUUUAUUACUAUGUUAUUUUUAUUUUUUUUAAUUGUGAGUGUAGUGUUAGAUGGUAGGAUAAUAGUUUAUUUAUUUAUGUUUUCAAGCAAAGUAUAAGGGAGUUGUACUCCGGUCUAGUAGGUGGCGGUAAUAAAACAUUUAUUGGCUGCCACCCGCCGUUAAACCUCAUCGAGGAAGAAAAAGAAGUUGACGUCUGAUUUGUACUUCUGUGUUCUAAGUGAAAGUAAGCAACAUCGAGGCCACGACACCGAACUUACUAGUUGAGAUCGAAGCUCAGUGAAGGGAAAUCAAAGCUGUGUAAAGGAAAUAACAGUAACCAUGGCUCCAACAUUGAAUGAUGAGAAGCCAGAGCCAGGGGAUCUGAUAGAGAUAUUCAGAGGGAAGUACCAGCACUGGGCUUUGUACGUUGGUGACAACUUUGUUGUUCACCUGGCCCCACCCUCCGAGGGACCUGGGGCCAGGGCCAACAGCAUGAUGUCUGUGCUCAGUGACAAGGCUAAGGUGAAGAAGGAAGAUAUCUGGGACGUGGUGGGGCAUGAUCAGUGGUGCAUAAACAACCAGCUGGAUGAGAAGUACCAGGUCAGACCCAUACAUGAGAUACUGACGGAAGCCCAGGCCUAUGUGAACCAGGAGAUGCCCUACUCUGUCUUCAGGUGGAACUGUGAGCACUUUGUCACAGAUCUGAGAUAUGGGAAGGCUGAGUCUCGACAGGUUCGUCAGGUUGUGAAAACUGUGGGAAUAGUGGCCACACUGAUGGGUAUCGGAAUCUUUGUCUUUGCAUUUGUCGUGGACAUCUUUAGAGGUGGAAGAAGAAGAAGAAGAAGAAGAAGAAGAAGAAUAUAAGUGACCAACUGUAUAAUAGCUUCCUGAGCAGCCAGUCACCAAUAAGCCGAAUAGAUUAUUUUUAUAACUACAGUACUGCCAUCGUCACUUGUAUAAUUCUGGGGCUUUCAGAAGGAAGGGUUGAGUAUUUCCAUAAUAUUUUUAUUUUUUACAGUUAAACAGAUAUGAAUUGAAAGCACAAAAGGAGGAAAAGUGCCUGGUUAUAAUUCCAAGGUAUACAGCCUUGGAGGGGCCAUAACCUUGCAGGCUGCUAGACUAAACUAGCUGUUUAAAAAAUGUUGACAGUUACUUAUAAGCUAUGAAGUUUCCCUACUAAAGUUUUAACAUAUUUAUGUAGACUCUCUUUAUAAUGGAAUAACAUUGUAUUCCACUGUAGUUUUAAUGUUUCUAUCAUGAAGCAAAUUGUCUAAAGGACCCAGUGCUUUCGAGUGGCACAGCAUCUCAGUGCUAGAGACAUCACUACAAACCCUGGUUCGAUUCCAGGCUGUAUCAUAACCGGCGCACAAUUGGCCCAGCGUCGUUAGGGUUUGGCUAAAUAAUAAUUUGUUCUUAACUGACUUGCCUAGUUAAAUAACAAAAUAAAAGGACCCACAGAACUACUCCUGGUUAGGGUUGAAGUGGAUACAUCUAAUGCUGCUUGUAUCGCUUCGUAAUGACUGACAGCAUUAUGAACAGGUGCAUCAAAGCAGUGACCAAGAGACUGAAAAACAGCUUCUAUCUCAAGUCCAUCAGACUGUUAAAUAGCCAUCAGUAGCACCUUAGAAGCUGCUGCCCUAUAAAUGGUUUAAUUUGGAAGUUUACAUACACCUUAGCCAAAUACAUUUCCACAAUUCCUGACAUUUAAUCCAAGUAAAAAUUCCCUGUCUUAGGUCGGUUAGGAUCACCACUAUAUUUUAAGAACACGAAAUGUCAGAAUAAUAGUAGAUAGAUUUAUUUCAGCUUUUAUUUCUUUCAUCACAUUCCCAGUGGGCCAGAAGUUUACAUACACUCUUUCUGAGGUCUUGGCUGAUUUAUUUUGAUUGUCCCAUAAUGUUAAGCAAAGAGGCACUGAGUUUGAAGGUAGGCCUUGAAAUACAUCCACAGGUACACCUCCAAUUGACUCAAAGGAUGUCAAUUAGCCUAUCAGAAGCUUCUAAAGCCAUGACAUCAUUCUCUGGAAUUCUCCAAGCUGUUUAAAGGCACAGUCAACUUAGUGUAUGUAAACUGUCCCACUGGAAUUGUGAUACAGUCAAUUAUAAGUGAAAUGAUCUGUCUAAACAAUUGUUGGAAAAAUGACUGCAUGCACAAAGUAGAUGUCCUAACCGACUUGCCAAAACUAUAGUUUGUUAACAAGAAAUUUGUGGAGUGGUUGAAAAACUAGUUUUAAUGAUUCCAAUCUCAGUGUAGGUAAACUUCCGACUUCAACUGUACAUAGACUUGAAAUCGCUGUCCACUUUAAUAAUGGAACACUGGUCACUUUAAUAAUGUUACAUAUUUUGCAUUAUUCAUCUCAUAUGUGUGUACUGUAUUCUAUUUUAUUACACUGUAUCUUAGUAUAUUCCUCUCUGACAUUGCUCGUCAAAUAUUUAUAUAUUCUUAAUUCCAUUCCUUUACUUCGGAUUUGUGUCCAUUGUGAGUAUUGUUGUUAGAUGUUACUGCACUGUUGCAGCUGGAAACACAAGCAUUUUGCUACACCCGCAAUAACAUCUGCUAAACAUGAGUAUGUGACCAAUAAAAUUUGAUUUGAACAAAUUCUUACUUUAUUUAAAUGUUUGAUUGAAAAUAUUUGAAAUCAUAACUGGUGUUUCAUCUUUAAAAAAUAGUUUGAAGAGUUUGUUUAUUAAAUAUUGAUUAACUGAAUCUUAUUAGCAUUUUAUCUUAGAUUUAGUCUUGGCAUCCUCUUUGAUUUAUAUUUGUAAAUGUCUACAUAACUUAUACUUGUCUUAGUAAACAAAAUAAACACCUCUGUUGGCCCACUGCAA